UGCAGUGUUAGCUUCAUGUACACAUGAGUUAGUUAAAUGGUAUCUUCAAAACAUGACAUAUGUAAACAUUCAAAUUUCACAGAUAUGCUAGUUUUGAAAAUGAUAAAUCCAAGCGUUUGAAAUAGAAAAGAAAUAAUAUAAUGAAAUAGAAUCAUAAAGUGUUCUUCGAAAUACAUUAAAGUUCAAUAUUAAAAUAACAUACUAACUUAUUUAAUGAAACUAUAUUAUUUUUUAAGAUAAAGAAAAUUGAAAAUGAGGAGAUCUAACUCAGGUAAACCGGCUGGUUAUAGCUAUGAACCUUUACCUACAUCAUCACAAAAUCUACUUGAAGAGGAAAAUGAAAGAUUGGAAGAAGAUCUCAAGGAUAAAAUACAUGCCCUUAAAACAUUAUCUAUUGAUAUUGGGACAGAAGUGAAAUAUCAGGAUAAAAUAUUAAGAGACAUGGAUGAUGAUUUUGAAAGAACUAGUGGCUCGUUAACAAAUUCAGUAGCAAGAGUUAUUAGAAUGGCAAAAGCAGGUCACAAUUACUAUAUUAUCUAUUUAUUUUUAUUUUCUAUAUUCGUAUUUUUUGUAUUAUGGGUAGUUUUGAAGUUUAAAUGAUAAAUUCUUCAUAUUGGAAAAUUUAUAUAUCAUCUAUUGUAAUUUUAACUUUGAUAUAUCAUUAAUUCACAGCAAAAUCUUUGUUGUACAUCGAAAAAAUGUUUAAAUAUUUAUAAUGUA